AUGUCGACCCUCAGCAGAGCGGUGUGCCGAGUUUUUAAUCAUCGUCGUCAAAUUUCAAGCCCGCACACUGUCAGGAAAGUGCAAUGCACCUUCCCUGAGAAUGGUUUGGUGCGUACAAUAUCAACGACUUGUAAAUGUUUUUCUGAUGAGGAGAAAAAUAAAUCUGAUGUCCGAAAAAAUGCAGAUCAGAUGUACUACAUAGAAAAGGUGCCUGUUGAUGAUACUGAUAAGAAGUUCAUCGUUGGUCGCUUGAUUGGUAAACAUGGAAGUAACAUCAAGCGUAUUUCAGACAUGGUUGGAUGCGAAGUUUUCCUAAAUCAACUUAGUGUACCAGGGUACAUACAGGUGAAGGUGAUGGACAAGGAAAAAUUGGCAAAAGCUGUGGAUCAGGUAACACAACAUGUAGAGAAAAUAAAGAAAACUAGUGUGACUAAAAAACAAGAUUUGGUUCCAGAAUCACCUACAUAUGGCAUAAAUGCAGAUCAGAUGUACUACAUAGAAAAGGUGCCUGUUGAUGAUACUGAUAAGAAGUUCAUCGUUGGUCGCUUGAUUGGUAAACAUGGAAGUAACAUCAAGCGUAUUUCAGACAUGGUGGGAUGUCAGGUAUCUGUAGAAAAACUUGGUGUACCAGGGUACAUAGCUGUGAAGGCGACAGACAAGGAAAAGUUAGCAAGCGCUGUGAACUACGUAAAACAAAACAUAGAGGAAUUAAAGACAACUUAUGAGACAAGAAAACCUGAUAUGGCUCCAGAAUCACCUACAUAUGGAAGCAAUCCAGAACAACUGUACCACACAGAAAGGGUGCCCCUUGGAGAUGCUGAUAUGAACUACAUUAUACGUCGUGUAGUUGGUAAAGGUGGAAGUAGCAUUAGGAAGAUUUCAGACGUGGUUGGAUGUAAGGUUUUUGUAGAAAAGUUAGAUGUCCCAGGGUACAUAGAGGUGAAGGUGAUGGACAAGGAAAAGUUGGCACAUGCUGUGGAUCAGGUAACACAACAUGUAGAGAAAAUAAAGAAAACUAGUGAGACUAAAAAACAAGAUUUGGUUCCAGAAUCACCUACAUAUGGCAUGAAACAGAGCGAUCAUGAUGAGCCUACCACUGUGGACUGGGAUGCAGUGCUUUCUGGAAAUACAGAACGUCUAGGAAUAUUUGAAAAGAGUGACCUAACUGAAGAGUCUUCCCGGAUAGAAACCCCAAUGUGGGAUAGACUAGAAGCAGCAGAACAGAUGGAGAGACGAAAGGCUUACUCUGUUAACAGCUUUGAUAAGAUGAUAUGUCUAACUGAAGAAGGAAAGUUAUGGAAGUUCCCAAUCAAUAAUGAUCAAGAUCAAACGGAAGAGGAGAAUGUUACCUUCGACGAACAUGUGUUUCUUGACCACCUGAUCGAGGAUUUUCCUAAGAAAGGACCAGUGCGACAUUUUAUGGAACUUGUGUUAGCGGGUCUGUCUAAAAAUCCAUACAUGAGUGUUAAGGAGAAACAUGAACACAUUGAAUGGUACCGCAACUACUUCACUCAAAAUGAGCAUCUCUUGGAAGAAGAAUUAGGGGAUCUCGGCAAGAUGAGGCAACUUCCACAGCAAGUCUGAAACGUCUACACAAAGGGCCGUAUUAGUUACUAGCCACAACUGAAAAGUGAAAUCAAUAUGAAGGAUAGUUUUGGUUAGUAGCCAUGGCAACAUGAGGAGACUACCUUGCCAAGUCUGUAAAAUCAAUAUGAAGGAUAGUAUUGUUUAGUAGCCAUGGCAACAUGAGGAGACUACCUUGCCAAGUCUGUAAAAUCAAUAUGAAGGAUAGUAUUGUUUAGUAGUCAUGGCGACAUGAGGAGACUACCUUGCCAAGUCUGUAAAAUCAAUAUGAAGGAUAGUAUUGGUUAGUAGUCAUGGCGACAUGAGGAGACUACCUUGCCAAGUCUGUAAAAUCAAUAUGAAGGAUAGUAUUGUUUAGUAGCCAUGGCAUCAUGAGGAGACUACCUUGCCAAGUCUGUAAAAUCAAUAUGAAGGAUAGUUUUGGUUAGUAGCCAUGGCAAUGUGAGGUGAUUUGCUCAUAUACUGUCAAAAUAUUGCUGUUCUUGUUGUUAAGAUGCAGACAUGAUUUCAUGGAUGAAAGUUUCGAGAAAGAUAACUAGACUAAGAGUCUGGUCUACAUAACAUACUGCCUUUGUUAUGAUGGAAAAAGAGGUGACUGUUCUUAGGAAGUAUGAAUAUCUGGCUGCUUAGAUAUCUCGCCCUGAAAUUUUGGUGUUGAAAUGUAUGAUAAUGAGGUGGAGAUAAUUCAAUUAUUGUAUAUAGAUUAUAUUUUACAAUUGUGAUAUAAUAAAUGUCUUUUAUACAGGACACAAAAAGU